GACUCAAUGAACUGCGAGCUGCGAUCCAGCCGGCGGCGGUUCCUCCCCUGGAGAAGCGCUAGAGCUGCGCGGAGCCAGACCAUGGCGGCUCUUCUGAAGAGUCUGCUUGCGGCAUCAGAGAAGGCAGCCUGCAUUGCCCAGCUUUGCCGCCAAGAGGAGGCGCUCUUCAGCUUGCUCAUUGAGGAGAAAGGGGCGGACAAGAACAAGAAGUUCCUGCAGGACUUCAAGACUUUGGCCGACGUGCUGAUCCAAGAGGUUAUCAAGCAUGAUGUGGGACAAAAGUUUCCAGAGUUACAGGAUCAUAUCCGCGGUGAGGAGUCCAACAAAUUUGAAAAUGGCCUUGGGGAGACGGUGGUGGUGCAGGUUUGCCCCACACAACAAGAAACUGCUGCCCUGCUGGAAAAAGUCCUUGAUCGGAAGCAAGCAGCCGCCGAGCUGCUGGCUUCAGCUAUUCAUCAGGAAGUGGUGCUUUCCGACCCAGCGCUGGAUGAUGCUGUGACUAUCCCCACAGAGAGCAUGGCUGUGUGGAUCGAUCCCAUAGAUUCCACCAAUCAGUACAUCCGUGGGCGUGGCGAUGUGCUGCCUGUGGACGGCAUCCACCCCUCAGGGCUGCGCUCGGCGCUGGUGCUGAUAGGCGUAUACAACCGUCACUCAGGCGAGCCUGUCCUAGGCAUCAUCAAUGAGCUCUUCCAGGAAAAGCUACCAGCACGCAGGUGGCAGAGCAAAUAUCACUGGGGCAUCUCCUAUGGGGCACCCGCCUGAGCUCGCUAAGCCUGGCCCCAGCUGCGGACUGCCCCUCGUGUGGUCCUGGGCAGCAAUGAGAAAGUGGCGCUGCAGGAAGCCCUGACCCCCCUGUAUGGGCAGCAGCUGUGCUUUGCCUCCGGUGCCGGGUACAAGAUGCUGUGUGUGGCACUGGGGCUGGCCGACGCAUACGUCCUCUCGGAGGGCAGCACCUUUAAGUGGGACUCCUGCGGCCCCCACGCCAUCCUGCUAGCCCUUGGCGGAGGCAUGGUUGACCUUUCGGGGGCCUUGAAGUCCUGGCGGGCUGGGCAACGCAAGCCGCUACCGGAACUGACCUACAACAAGCCUGCGGAGGGCGCUCUGGGUGCCGAGCGCUGGGCCAACCAAGGAGGGCUUGUGGCCUACAUCCACCGGGAGCACCUGGAGGCUGUGAUGGCCACUCUGGCAGCUGCAGCGGACACCUUCUAAAGCUCCUCCUCUUCCUCCUUCCAGGGCAUUUUCAUCUCAGCACCAGGGGAGGAAGCCAGUCUCUGGGCAAAGGGCCCCGGCUUCUUCACCUUCCAAGGGACCAGUCGGUUACUGACAAAGGCAACGCACCUGGAUCGACUGAGGUUGUACUUUUGACUUCAGUGCCCUGUUUCCGCCAUGUGCCAGUGGGGAGGAGCAAAGUGAUCACAAAUCACUCAUGCACCGCAAACCAUGGUUUUUAUCUUGACUGUAGCCAGGAAAUGUAACCUGCCUGUAUGCAGAGGGGGCCGUGGUGACCUUAAAUUGUGCUCUUCCUUCCACCUGAUCCUUGGUGCAUUGCUCCUUUUACAUGAGUAAUCUGUAUUAUGGGUAAUGCAGUAGAUGUGCAUUGGGACCAUUAGAUAGCUUCCAAUUUGCAUUUUCUUUAGCCCUCUCUGCUUCUCGUAUCUUGCAUAGGGCACUGUGGCCAGCACUGCUUUUAGCUGUCCACUGCAGUGCACAGGCCUGUUUUAUGGGGUGCUGCUCUCCCUUGCUUGUGACAUGUAAUCUGGAUCAUCCAUAGCUUGAUCCAUGAGCGGCUAACGGUUGGUUCGUCAGUCCUGGUCAGGCCGUGUUAUGAAGACAGUCUAGGUGGCCUUCAGCUCUGUGAGGAUUGUGUGCACCAAUCUUGCUUCUGUGGUUUGUGGCAUUUACUCUGUAACACAGAAUCCAAUGGGACAGUGUUUUGUUGAGGGAGGCUAGGCUGCAUAUCUGUAACAAAGAGUUCCUCAGGAUCAUCUGUAAGGAGCCAUGGUAGCUGAAAUAAAUCAAUCAAAGUAUGUGCUGUGAUUCUGGGAAUAUCCUCCCAAAAUGUGCCUGCCAUUGUAUCAAACUGCAGCUUAUCCAGACCGAUUCAUCUUUAUAGUUCUAUAUGAGCUCAGUUUCUCAUGCAGAAUAACUGACCAUUUCCUGAGAGUCCCUAAAUCAUGUCUCCAGCCCCUUUGACAGGGAUGGGGAACAUGGCCCUUUGGAUGUUGCUGGCCGGAGCUGGUGGGAGUUUAGAUCCCAGCAAGAUCUGAAGGCCACAGGCAAGCCAUGUCAGGAAUACAAUUCUGGGUAGGGAGGGAAGAAGGCAUGGCCGCAAUUCACCCAUUCAUUGGCCGUGUCCUGGAGCCACCCAUAUUUCAGAUGUUUCUAACACAUUGCUUUAGAAACCAACCGACCAUAAAUUGCUCAGAUUUAAAAAAUAAAUAAAUUUGGAAUCAGAAUAAGAAAAUUAAGGUUGACCAGCUGUAUACAGAUGAGCACACAAACUUAUAUAUGGUUUCUGUAAUUUACUUUGAACACAUCAUGUGAGUGCUUUGAGCAGAAUUUGAAUUUUUAAAAGUUUCUUUUUACUUGUU